AUGGCUGUUGGGGACAGGAACCUCGGCAUUAACAGCAGCAGCAGCAGCAGCAGCAGCGACAGCAGCAGAAGCAGCAGCCUCAAAAGCCUCCGCUGGGGCUUCAUCGGACGGUGGCGGCCACUGUGCAACAACAGCAGCAGCAGCAGCAGCAGCAGCAGCACCAGCAGCAGCAGCAGCAGCAGCAGCAAGAGCAGCAAGAUAUACUCCUUGUAUCUCCCGGACAGCCCCAAUUGUUUGUCUGCAGGGAGGGGAAUUCAUUUCUCUCCAAGUGGGCCCCUGAGGACCUCUGCUGCUGCAGCUGCUGCUGCGGCUGCUGCUGCGGCUGCUGCUGCAGCUGCAGCAGCACCUUCAGAAACCAGGAGUGCGGCUACCACAGCCCUUGCCUCAGCAGCCACAGAAGCAGCAGCAACAGCUGCUGCUGCAGCAGCAACAGCAGCAAAAGAUUUGUUUGAUGCUCCAAACGAGAAGGGCGAGGCCAACGCUAGGGGGCCUCUGAGGGGUGUCUCUGUGUCUCUCAGUCCCCUCAUCAGGAGAAGAGACCCUGGGGAAGAGACAAAUAGGAUGCUGAGGGGCCCCAUGCUGUAUGACGCGACGGUUGUCUCUCGCCUGAAGGCAGCGGGGGCCCUUUUGGUGUCCCCUUUGCAUGCGCAUACAUCGGCAGACAAUUCCAGCAGCCAAGCACACCUGGAGGUGUCUCCUCUCCCUCCCCUGCAGCAGCGUCUCCAAGGGCCCCCACCUAUAAUCAGCAGCAGCAGCAGCAGCAGCAGCAGCAGCAUUGGGGAUUGCGGUGCGGCUAGGGAGGGGCCCCCUGGAGGGGCCCCUCAGGCGCAGCAGGGGUAUAGGGUAGCAUUCUCUCCUUCUAGGGGCCUUGUUAGUUUGUUUGGCUGUUUUAAUGCAGCAGCAGCUGCUGCUGCAGGAGACACUGCAGCAGCAGGAGGAGACACUGCAGCAGCAGGAGGAGACAGUGCAGCAGCAGGAGACAGUGCAGCAGCAGGAGGAGACAGUGCAGCAGCAGCUACGGGGGCCCCUCAAGGCCGAUCGCCGCUACUUAGGGCCUCCUGGGGGGCCCCUGGGUUGUGGCUGUGCAGCAGCAACGUGGGGCUGCUGCAGCGGCUGCUGCAUGCACUGGGGGGCCCUGACCCUGCAGACUUUAAAUCUGUUUGCUUCCACAGGGAUCUUAAAGAUGAAGAAGAAGGAGGGGGAAGCAGCAGCAAUAAAGAAGAGAGACAAACAGAGACAGAAAGGAGACACUCGUUAUGCAAACGAGCUGCAUGGCUGCAAGUUAGGGACACCACAACUGCAACAAAAACAAAAGAGGGCCUUACCCCUCAGCAGCUGCAGCAGCUGCAGCAGUUGCAGCAGCUGCGGCAGCAGCAGGACGGGGGAGAGCAGCAGCAGCAGCAACAGCAACCUCCAGUGGUUUGUCUCUCUAAAGAGACACUUGAGCAGGCAACCGUUGGGCUGUCUCUGCUGCAGUGCUGCGAAGCAGCAACUCUCCUGCUGCGGCUUGGCGAGGGGGCCCCUCAGGGGCCCCCCGUAUAUAAAGGGCAAGCACAGAGCUCUAAAGAAAACGCUGAGUUGCAUCAGCAGCAGCAACAUGAGCAGCAGCAGCAACAAGAGCAGCAGCAACAGCAGCAGCAGCAGUGCUUCAAGAUGAGGGUGGUGGAGGACAGGGCACGAGGCCUCAGCCCCGAAGUACAAUUUAAAAUGCUGUUAGGAGGGACAAUCCUAAGAGACCCCACAAAAGCCUCUUUGCUGCAGCGAGCAAAAGAAGCAAAGUGGGCCCUGCACCACCACCUUCAACGCCUGUUCAAAGAGGCUGACCUUCUCCUCCACUUCGCAGGGGCCCCUCCCCCUGGGGGCCCCCUCUCUGGGGGCCCCUCUUAUGGAGGCCCCUUUUCUGGGGCCCCUGGCUCUGGGGGCCCCUCCUAUGGAGGCCCUUCCUAUGGGGGCCCUUCUUCUGAGGGCCCCCGCUCUGGGGGCCCCUCCUGUGGGGGCCCCUCCUGUGGGGGCCCCCAGGGGGGCCCCCUUGCAGGAGGGUACAGGGGCUCUGAGGGCCACAUAUCUCCUGUGUCUCCUCUUGUGCUGGAGGAGGAGACCCUGGAGAACCCCGUGGGGCAGAAGCAUCAACAGCAGCAGCAGAAGCAGCAGCAGCAACAGCAGCAGCAAUCGGUUACAACCCUGAGAAGCAGUUCGAAGGGGGAAGGCGAGGGCCCCCAUGAACAACUAAUUGCAGCAGCGACGGCUUUAGGCCUUCCUUGUUUUGUCUCCUCAGAUGGCUGGCUGCUGUUGGGGGCCUCAGGAAGAGACACACAGGUGCUAACAGCAGCAGCAGAGCUUGACACAACCCUAAACCCUAAACCCUAG